GCUCACUUCUGCACGUAGCACAAACCCACAGUAUACGUCAAACCCUUCCUCAUACAAGUCAGCUGUGCUGUGAGAGGACGCGACAGGCAUGUUCAUCAUGUUAUGGGAGCGGGCCGUGUAUGCAGCGGAGAGGAAGGCGAUCUCUUUUUGUCUCUUCUUUUCCGUUUUUCAUUGAAUUAACAUCCGAGCAGAUAUCACGUUUUAAGGCGAUCCAUCUCCAGGAGCAAACUCGUACUUUGCUGCCUAACAAAAACGGCCUGGUUUAUUGGCCCGGGACCGCAGAGUGUCGGCCUGUGACGCAACCGGAGCACCUAUCCGCGAGAGGGACACUGACACCUGACUGCUGCGUUUCCCGACUCGCCGGCGUUUAUCAUCACGACCAGCACUCGGGCUCUGCAGUGCAGGCACUGUUGCGUUUUAUGGAAGCAGAGUCUGAGCAACCUGUCGUGGACAUGCUGCCCCCAAAGAACUGCCUGCCCAGGAACUACAGCUGCAUAGCCGGGCUGUUCGGGAGCCUGGCUGCAGCGAACCCGAGACUUGAUGAUGGAGAAGAUUUUGACCUGGUGAACGGUACGUGCGAGCCCAUCGAGAGCCCGGUGGUGGACGAGAGACCGCGGGGCAGAGAGGUCUCCUUGAAGCCGACACAGAGCCCGAAUCUGCGUCGGAGGUGCAAGUCGCUGCCUACACCCAUAGAGCGGGCAAAGUUAGAGGUCUCCCGCAGCAGAAGUCCGACCAGUCAGAAGAAGGUCCGGUUCGCGGACUCACUGGGCUUGGAACUCAUUUCAGUGAAGCACUUCGAUGAUACAGAUGUUCCAGAGGUGCCGGAGCGCAUAUUGGCAAAACUGCCCAAAGGACCCCUUCCCCUCAAUCAUUUGGACACAAAAUUCCCCCGGGCUCCUUCACAGUCUGUGUUCAUGGAGUUGCAGUUCACCAACCCAGGCACAUUACCCGGCUUUGAUCAGAAAGUGAGGGAGGUGAAAGUCCUGCUGGAGAGCGUGGAGGCGGACGAAUUCAGCCUCUCCGGGUUUGUGCGCGUGUUGAAUCUGGCUUUUGAAAAGAGCGUCUCCCUGCGGUACUCCUUAAACAACUGGAUAACAUUUAUGGACAGUUUGGCAUCCUAUGUCCCCGACUCAAGCGACGGCGCCACCGACAGGUUCUGUUUCAAGAUCGUCAUGCCUACCUACUUGGACAACGGAGGCACGCUGCAGUUUGCAAUAAAAUACUGUGUCGGAGGGCUGGAAUUCUGGGACAAUAAUAAUGGGAACAAUUACAAAGUGCGGCGUCACAGGUUCAAGAUGUCUCCGCCGCGGGAAUGGGAGAAUGGAUGGAUUCACUUCAUCUGAGCUCUGCGGUGGCACUCUUGUGCGUAACCGGUUUCCGGAUAGGUUAUUCAUGACUGUAGCCUGUUCAUUCAUUUUUAAUGAAUAUUAUUAUUAUUUCCCCGCUGUUGUUACACACAUGACCUGACACAGACCCGAACAUAUUUUCUCACAACAUAUAUUCCCUGCUGUAAUAACACAUCGCGCGUGUAAAACUACCGUGCAAGCCUGGUAUAGGUUCCCGGUGUGGGGAUACUGCGAGAUAUUUUUGCCUUGAUGUCAGGGCUCUCUACAGCUGGGUGCCCUUUGGGAGGGCAUGUUCACGUUAUGUAAUGUAAUAAACACGUGCCACGAAAAAACGUGCCGGGCCAUCCCAACUCCAGGCAUCGCGGCCCAUUUCAGGGGAUCUUGUGAAUCUAUACGGUGGCACUGUGUUCCGAAAAAAAUUGUCAGUUUCGUUUUGCAUGCGUGCAAACACAACGUCUCAGUGGGAAGCAGACAGCAUCACAUCUGGAGUGAUGUGGAGUGAUGUGGGCUCCGAGGCGGCACACGUCUUACCUAGACAGAAGAGAAAUACGAGGAACUAUAUUUUAUUGAACAUUUCAAUGUGUAAUUUCCCGCUUUCAUGCCAUUAAAAUGCCUUAUUCUAAGCCAUGAUGUAGGAAGUUGUACAUUGAAUGCUGUACAGUACUGCUCAAAUAAGACUUGACUAAAAUCAAGUUUUAGACAUCAUCAUCAAACAAGGAUCCAGGGACACCAUAAUGAGUUUAAAACAACAGCAUCUGCCUCUUAAUGCCCUUAAUUUGCAGCUGUCUUGCAGCCACCUUUGCUUCAUUGAUGUAAAAACGAUUUAACAUGUAUCAUUUCCAAAUUGAAAUAUCAAAGAGGUCUAGCCAAACACCAGUAAACUAAUAUCCAUAUAUCUCUAGAAAGAAUCUUGAAGCAUAGCUGCAUAAUUCAUAUACCUCUAAACCAUUAAGGCUGUGUUUGUAAAGGCUGAGAUUCAAGACGCUCGCAUUUUAUUGUGAUUCAUCGUCUUUUCUGAAUGGGCAUCUCCAACAUGGCUGCUGUUCUCAUAAAGAAAUACAGUGACUAUACGAAAGCUUAAAUUUACCUCAGAGUACUUGUGGACCUUUUCUUCUCUUCUUCAGGUUAAUCGUUGCAGAAUAGACUUUAUUUUCACAGCAGUUAUUUUCUAACUGAUACCUUCACACAGAAAAUGUAUUAUUGUACAUUUGUCUAUUUUAAACACAGUGCUUGCACUGCGUAUCUGUGUUUUUCACAGAGGAAUUCUGUCUCUAGACAAAGUAGCUAUGAACCCCGUCUCUGCUGCUGUAAAUGUGCAGUACUACUCGUCAUACUGUGUAGGAAUAGUGCUGCUCCUCACUCUCCUAACGCAUGGUCGAAAUGGUUUGAACCACCUCACUGGCUGACAUUUACCUUCUCGAAUUCCUCCACACCAUUUAUCCUAUUUUUUUAGAUGGCACUUUACGUCUACAUCUGUAUGCUUUUACUGAAUUCAGUGGAGAGAAGUCUUCAAAAUAAGCUCCAAUGCAUUUCAUGUAGUCCGCCUUUAUGGCAAAUAUGUGUGUCCUAAACGUGUUCACUUAAAUGCAGAUAUUCACCAUGCUUCUCCAAAAACUUAUAAGACAAUAUUAGUGUUUGUGUAGAAAGUUUCCGCUCCGACGUCUAGGGGGAACGACAGGCUUGGGCCUUUUAAUUCCAGUGCUCUGACUGUAAUCUGAGCAUCACUUUGGCUUUUGUUUACAUCAUCCGGGCUUCUGAGGGAAGCGCUCCACUUAUUCAGGCUAUCAGGUCGGCAUGAGGAUGGAAACUAUUCCUGUAAGCCACUUAGUUUUUGGAGCAGUUCCACUGUGAAUCCAUCUGUACCUUUAGUCUCGAAAUAUGACAAGAUUUAUGUCAGAACUAAAGUGCUAUCAACACAAAAGUUAGUUUUGAUCAGAUGGAAGAAGAUCAGCGCUGAGAUGAUAACAGCCACCGUGCUGUUUAGCUAUAUCAUGCACAGAGCUGCACUUCUCUCGUUUCCUUAUUUAAACUUGCUGUGGAUACAAAAGGCAGCGCUUACUGUAUGAAAUGUUGUUAAACCAGUGGGUAUAUGCAAAUUGUCUGCUUUGGUCUAUGUAAACGAAGUUCCAGCAUCCAUGCAGUGCAACCCCAGAAAGCAUGAAUUAUCCGGGCUGAGGUGAAUGACGAGGGUACGGAGAGAUGCAUCAAUACCAAUUAAUCACUGCCAGCACAGUCUGUGAUUUUUGACAUUUGACUGACGGCUGAUCAGAUUUUCUCUGGUAGACAACAUUUUUGUGUUGAGGUUGUCCGACACAAAUAAUAUUUUUUAGAAAUGUUGCCUUUUAAGAUGCCACAUUCCUGUCACGUUUGCUGACGUUUAGGAGACAUGGUUGUAUCCCCUGCACUGCUGUUGUUAUUGGUGCAUCCCUGUCUUCGAGAAGAUAAAGGGCUUCUGGUCGGAUUAGAUUUUCACCUCAGUGUAUUCAAAACAGUUUGCAUCAGAGCUCACUGGUAUAUGGAUAUGUAUGUAAAUGUCUUAAUGUUUCAUAUUGAAUGUCUUCCUAUAACUGUUUUGUGUUGUGUGUACUUUGUAGCAUUUUAAAAGCAGAACUGUGAGAUGGGACUGGUGAUCGGUUGGUUGUUAUGAUCCUGUGACAGUAAAAAAACAAAACAAAAAAAAACAAGCACAUUUACUAAUAGGUCUCCAGGGCCAUUUAAAAUAUGUUAAAAUUGGCAAUGCUGAUGACAUUUUGUCUCAAAAUAUACAAUAAGUUUUUCCUUAAGAUCGAACGCAAUGUGAACAAUGUAACUGAGAGAAAUUAGUUUAUUGGAAACCCCACAUGUGCGUCUGCACAUAAACGCUGCCUUACUAAACUGUGGGUUCACUAAAGGACAUGUAAGAGAAAUGGAAGCUGGCAUGUGCUUGUUUGUUGAGAUAUGAGGUGAGAACAUGUGUGGACAGCGAUGAGAGACCUGGGCAAAACGGGAAACAUUCGAUGCACUUUGGUGGUAUGUAGCUUUUGGUAUGAGCGACUUAUGAUUGUAUGACACUGAGCAAACUCAGUCAAAGCAGAUCUGAUGCUGUAAGGGUAACAAAAAGGGUGUAGUAUAUAGAUAUAUAUACUGUAUAUGAAAGCUUCUCUUGUGAACUGCUACUAAACAAAAUGUUUUCCAUUCUUUGUCAUGAUGUUCUGCUUUUUUUCUCACAUUGUAGAAAGCUAAAAUCACUUCUGUCUCAUGUAGAACAGUUUUAAUGUCACUGAUGUUUUUUCUUGAUUUGCCGUCUUGUCUGUGAGACUUUUGUUUUACCUGUAGUUCCUAUGCAACCGUUUCUUUGUGUUGUAACAUCUGCACUGUGAGCUGUCUCCAGUAGAUUUGAACCAUGUUUGCAUGUAUGACUAAAAGAUACCUUUAUUUUUAUGUUUAGUUUUUAAUGUAACCUGUAUUUUAUUAUAACAACGGACAAUAAAGGCGCUGAACCUUC